GGCGCCGCCGUUCGCUUCCAAGAUCUCGGCGGCAUCUCCGAGUUUAAGGAGGCGCUCCUCGAGAACGUCGCGCUGCCGCUGACCAAACCGGAGAUCUUCACCACGUUCGGGAUCAAACCCCCGCGAGGCGUGCUGCUGUGGGGACCGCCCGGGACGGGCAAGUCGCGGCUCGCUCGCGCCGCCGCCGACGCCGCCGGCGCCAACCUCCUCGUCGUCCGAGGCCCCGAGCUCAUCGGCCCCGUCGUCGGCGAGUCCGAGGCGGCGUUGCGCGGGGUCUUCAAGGAGGCGGUGCGGACCAGGCCGUGCGUGGUGAUGAUAGACGAGAUCGACUCCAUCGCCCCCGCGCGGCAGGGGGGCGACGGCGUGACGGGCGGCGGGGGGAAGGGUGGCGGCGACGAAGACGCCAUGUCCAACAGAGUCGUCACCACGCUCCUCUCCAUCAUGGACGGCGUGUCCGCCGAGAACCUCGACCUGCACCGGGUGGUGGUGGUGGCGACCACGAACAGGCCGGAGGCGAUCGACCGCGCGUUACGAAGGCCGGGAAGGUUCGACAAGGAGAUCGAGGUUGGCGUCCCCACGCCCGCGUCGAGGCGCGAGAUUUUCGCCAUCAAACUUCGAGACGUCGCGCACGAGCUCACCGACGCCGACGUCGACGAGCUGUCGAAGGGAUGCCACGGGUUCGUCGGCGCCGACGUCGGGGCGCUGGUGAACCAGGCGGCGUACCAGGCGCUGAGACGCAGGGUGAAGGAGAAGGAGGCGUGGUGGAGCGACGCGUGCAAGACCCGGACGGUGACGAGGGCCGAUUUCGAAUUCGCGAAGAAGAGGGUUCGACCGAGCGCGCUGCGGGAGGUGCAGAUUGAGGUGCCCAAGGUUUCUUGGGACGACGUCGGCGGCAAUCACGAGGUGAAGCAGCUCCUGAAGGAGGCUGUGGAGUGGACGGAGAAGUACCCGGAGGCUAUGGCGCGAUUGGGGGCGAAACCUCCCAAGGGGGUGCUGCUGUACGGCCCCCCGGGGUGCUCGAAAACCAUGCUCGCGAGAGCCGUGGCGUCCGAGUCCGGUCGCAACUUUUUAUCGGUGAAGGGCCCCGAGCUCUACAGCAAGUGGGUCGGGGAUUCCGAAAAGGCGGUUCGCACCCUGUUCAGACGCGCGAAGACGUCCGCGCCGUCGGUCAUAUUCAUCGAUGAGAUCGACGGCUUGGUGCAGACGCGAUCGGACGGCGGCGGCGGCGACGGCGGCGUCAACGUGCACGACAGGGUGCUCACGCAGCUGCUCACCGAGAUGGACGGCGUCGACGCGGCGGGGUCCAAAGUCGCGGUCAUCGCCGCGACGAACAUGCCGCACCUCAUCGACCCGGCGCUGCUCCGCCCGGGGAGGUUCGACCGGCUCCUCUACAUCCCCUUACCCUCCGACCCGGUGGACCGGACCGAGAUUUUGCGGGUGACGACGAAGAAGAUGCCGCUCGCGCCCGACGUCGACCUCGACGCCUUGGGCGCACAGCUGGCGGGGUACACGGGCGCGGACAUCGCCGCGCUGUGCAGGGAGGCCGGCAUGGCGGCGCUGGAGGAGGAUAUCGACAUAACGCAUAUCCACGCGCGGCACUUCGCGACGUCCGCGACCAGGACGCCGCCG